UCAGGUCGCCUGGCGCGCGCAGCACGCAAACUUUGAUGCGGCGGAACAACAGCGGUCCAAAAGGGAAUACUACUCGAAGAAGACUGUUCAGAACCUAAUUGCCACUGGCCUGGUCGCCCCAAACUCGAUACCGGCCCCGGCCAGCAAGAAGCGAACAACUGCCGGCCUGGUCGGCACCAGCGUCAAUGAGAUAGCACCACCCCGGCGAAGCAAAGUCUACCAGGUGCUUCCCUCUCGCUGGCUAAAUUUGGACCAACAGUCAAUCCGCUCGUUCAAGAAGCACACCUCAUCAAGCUCCAGCAGCAGCACCAUCGCCGGUGCUCCACCGGCUUCUACGUCGAGGCAGUCGCUGCGCGUGGAAAACAGCGACCGCAGCCUGCGUGCUAACACUCCAGUGCCUCGUCCCACCGAGAUGUUGGGCACCAAGGGUACGAAUCGACGCGAAAGAACCUUUGUGGGCACGGUCUGCGCCGCCUGCGAGGAGCCUCUGGAGCAUAUUCUUCGCGGGGAGCGCAUCCUGCAACUUUCAUGUGGCCAUGUCGCCCACGAGGCUUGCUUCCACGAGUUCAUCAAGGAGUUCGAGAUUCAGAACUGCCCUUCAUGUGACCAGCCAUUGGGAUACGACAACAACCGAAGCGCCAACGUCGACUUCGAUAACUUGAACAAACUCGUGCAAACCACUCAACAACCCGAACCGAGAGAGCAUGCCCAAGAUGCCGCAUCAAAACCGUUACCUGUGCCGAGAGAACUCGAUCUGUACCAACAACGGCCCGAGACGGCAACAACGGCACCUCACAGCGCUCCACGAUCGAGAUCUUCGCGAGAAGACCUUAUCUCGAGCCCAUCUCAAUCAGCAAAUGCUCGCUUUGAUCAACAUGCGGCCGCACAACAACCUCGAGCCAGACGCGCGAGUGGCGAGACUGGUGCUGCAUCUAGCGGCUACGCAGAAAGCCAGCCACUUAGUUGGAGGCGGCACGAAUAUGAUGUCCAGUCCAUGGAAGCGUCUGUUGCCAGCCCUCGACACGUUAGCAGCAGUCCCACGCCGCCGCCACUUGUCACCGUGCGAAGUGAAUUCCCGACGCUCACCAAAUCUCGCCACCAGCAGAGUCUGACAUGCUUGGUCACGGUGGAGGUUACCGAUGGCCAAUGGCACACACGCACGCGCGAGAGUCAGCUCCCGGACCGCGCAUUGUCGACACGAGAGGGAAGCAUCAAACCAGCCCCUCGAUUACGGCCUAUCUCGGACCAGAGCAGAGCCGUAGAUAGCGUGCUCGAAGACAGCGCUUUAUUGAAGGCUCGAGAAGACCUUUUCCGACGCGUCGAUAACUGGCAUGGCUUGGAUUUUGGCAAGUUUGGCAAAUUACUACUGCACGACAUCAUACAAGUGGGCAAAGACCGGCAGACCUGGCAGGAACUCGAAUGCUUCCUCUUCGCUGAAAUGUUGAUUUGUGUGAAGGAGAAGAAGAUCGUUGCGCAUGAGAGUCAGUCGUGGGACGACUCAGAACGAGGGCCCGUGAAAUCGUGCUGUACCUUGAAAGGAUCAAUCUUGGUGAAGAAGCACUUGAGCCACGUCGAAACAUCGUUCGAGCGCGAUGUGCUCACACUACAGCUUACAGUCGCCGAACUUCCGGUAUUCCAUCUGCGCUUCCGCAAUUCUAAUUUGUUGGACACAUGGCGGAGAUCUCUGGACGACAUCAUCCAUCCUGUGCCGGCCCCUUCGACGCAUCACGAAUUCGAUCCGGCAUCGUCAGAAGAGGACGAGUAUCAUCCCAAACGAUUGCAGAGGGUGUCGUCGAUUCAAUCAUCUCACGGUGGUCGCUCACAGGGCACAGCGCCCACCGAAUAUAGUAACUCACGCAGCGAUGGCCGAGGACUUCCUCUGGAGAGAACCUCAUUACAUGUACCCAUCGAUCUUGUUCUUGUGGUGCCAGUCACACCAUCCAUGCAGGGAUUGAAGGUGAACCUACUCCGCGACGCGCUUAGAUUUCUGGUGUCGAGUCUGGGCGAGCAGGAUCGCAUAGGCCUGGUUACAUUUGGAUCCAGCAGUGGCGCCGCUCCCCUUGUCGGCAUGACCACAAGGAGUUGGAACGGAUGGGCAAAGGUCAUAGACUCCAUUCGACCUGUUGGAGUCAAGAAUAUCCGCGCGGAUGUGGUCGAUGGCGCUAAUAUUGCCGUGGAUCUACUUAUGCAACGCAGGACUCGCAAUCAGCUCUCCCAUGUUCUAGUCAUUAGCGACUCCUCAACUUCGGACCACGACAGUGUGGACUUCGUCGUCUCCCGAGCAGAAGCCGCCAAGAUCUCGAUCCAUUCGUUCGGCCUUGGUCUGACGCACAAACCAGACACCAUGGUCGCCAUGUCUACCAAGACCAAAGCAAGCUACACAUAUGUCAAGGACUGGAUGAUGCUACGGGAGUGCUUGGCGGGCUGCUUGGGCUCCCUUCAGAGCACAUCUCACCAGAAUGUGAAGGUCAGACUGCGCCUUCCUGAAGGUUCUCCGGCCAAAUUUGUCAAGAUCAGCGGCGCUCUCCAGAUCACGAAGCGCGCCACAGGUCGAGAUGCGGAAGCCUCGCUUGGUGAUCUGCGCGUUGGAGACAAGCGCGACAUCUUGGUACAGCUUGCUAUACAGCCUGACACGUCUACUCCCGACUCUAUACCUACAGAUCCCUGGGAGAACAUGAUCUCAGGGCUCGAGGCGCUAGGCCCAAUGGAAAGCGAAGAGUCUCGGCCAAUGUCCGUGGAAGAGCUUCCACUCCUGCAAGCCGACCUCACCUGGAAUGAUAUCCUUCGUGACGGCAUCAUGUCGCAGUCUCCGCGACCAUCGCUGCUUGCGAUCACCAUGCUGCCGACCUCGUCUAGAAAGAGCUCUCUCAAGCCUUCGACGCCUCCUAUUCCUCCCCAUCCUCUUGUGGUGCAACGGCGCAUGGAGCUACUCACAUCUGACAUGCUCUCACGUGCCCUUGGCCUUGUGGCUCGAGGUCAGAAUGAUCGCGCACAUCAUCUGCUUGCAGAGACGCGAUCAAUCCUCAAAGGCCUUGGCAAAGGCGGUCUUCCCCCACUGCCAACGCCUCCCCCUACUGGCGCUCUGCCUGCGACACCACGACAAAUCGAUUCUGCAAGAAGCUCCCCUCGCGAAUCGGGCGUUUCAUUGACACCUUCUGGGCGACGCUCGCCCUCACCUCUGAUGAGAGAUUCGCAAAGCCCCAUCAGUUCUGGGGGAAGCAUUGACCGAGCAACCAUGACUGCAUUGGACUCGGAACUCGAAUCAAGCCUGGAGUGGAUCUGUCAUCCCACUGUAUUUGGGCGUGACACUCGCAAAUCCGUCCUUCAAGCCAUUGGAGUCAUCAGCUCCCAGCGUGGCUACACUUUCCGGACCCCAUCGGAAAACCUCUGGGCACAACGAGUACCAGGAAUACGACAACUCGCGGAUCGCAGUCGCGAUUGGCGCGAGGCUGGCGAGGACGAAGCCCUCGUGGAAGUUUCAGAGCCGAACACUUCUACCGGUUCCUUUCAACACUAUCGCUAAAGAUACCCCCUUCACAGUUACUGCCCCAAGGGCGGGACAUGAUGACUUUACGACCCAAACGUGAUACACAUAUAUCCUUCUUACAUGUGAGCAUGGAAUUCUGCCACUUUUAUCAUUGAAGCUCGCCUAUUAAGGCUCUCGAGCUGUGGAUAUUUGGAUCUUUUCUCUUAUGUAUAGCUGGGCGAAAAGAAGGAGAGGGCCAAUUGGGAUGUACAGCACCGCAUUAGUUUUGGCCAGGAUUUUUGUGUGACGAUAUUGUG